AUGAUUUACUCCUCGGGAAGAGAAUCCUACUUCAACCUGAACUCCACUUGGUACGACCCCUCGGGAUCCUGGCUGGACACGCGGCGCACGCCCUUCCGCUACGGCUACGCCAACUGCUGCUCCUCGGGCUGCCACGGCGAGGGCGCCGAGGGCAUGAGGGGCCACGACUACCGCCACUACGGCUACCGCCAGCCCCGCUGCUCCGAGCGCUGCCAGGGCUACUCCAGCUCCUCGGGCUCGUGCCACGGAGGGGGCUCGGGCUGCGUCAGGAGGCCCACAUAUAGCUAUGGGGGUUCGGGAGGGUGCCAGGGCUACGGGAGGUCCGUGUGCUCCGAGAGGUGCCAGGGCUCCUCGGGUUCGUGCCACGGAGGGGGCUCAGGCUGUGUCAGGAGGCCCACGUACAGCUCCGGGGGCUCGGGGGGCUGCCAGGGCUACGGGAGGUCCGUGUGCUCCGAGCGGUGCCACGGGGCAGGGGUGCAGGGUGGGAAGCCGUGCUGUGGGAAACCCGUGCAGAGCAUCCCGGUGCAGAGCUGUCCCCGUCCCUGUCCCCCUCCGGUGCAGAGCAUCCCGGUGCAGAGCUGUCCCUGUCCCUGUUCCCCUCCGGUGCAGAGCAUCCCGGUGCAGAGCUGUCGCUGUCCCGCUCCAGUGCAGAGCUGUCCCCCACCCUGUCCCCCACCGAUGCAGGUCUGUCCCCCUCCCUGUCCCCCUCCGGUCCAGCAGACCUGUGUGCCCGUGUCCAAGGGGCAGCACAAGCAAAUCUGCCAAGUGCCAGCCCGGAAGAUCAAAUGA